AGGCAGUGUAAAAGUACGAGAGAGGAGCGAGAGGAAAUCGUACAAGUGGCAUUGUUUUAUGCCUUUUUGCCUGGUAUUUACCUCUGUCUGCAAAGAUGCAACGAGUAUUUACCAGAAAGGCUUUGUUUUCUGUCCGAGCAGCAGUCUAUCAUGGCAGACUGUUCACCACCUCGUAUGUUGCUGCGCAAAAGGUGGCUUUGAGCAAAUUUGAACCAGACAAAUAUCUGAAUUAUCAACACUUGGAAGACAAUUUGAGAAUAGUUCGUGAUAGGCUUAACAGGCCUUUGACUCUGUCUGAAAAAAUUCUUUACUCUCAUUUGGAUGACCCAGCAAACCAGGAUAUAAAAAGGGGUGUGUCAUACUUAAAGUUGAGGCCUGAUCGUGUUGCUAUGCAAGAUGCUACAGCUCAGAUGGCUAUGCUUCAGUUUAUCUCUAGUGGACUUCCUAAGGUUGCGGUUCCAACAACUGUCCACUGUGAUCACUUGAUAGAAGCACAGGUUGGAGGUGAAGAAGACUUGAAGAAAGCUAAAGAAAUCAAUGAAGAAGUCUAUAAUUUCUUAGCUACAGCCUCGGCGAAAUAUGGUGUUGGGUUUUGGAAACCAGGCAGCGGAAUCAUUCAUCAAAUCGUUCUGGAAAAUUAUGGUUUUCCUGGUGUGCUGCUGAUUGGCACUGACAGUCACACACCAAAUGGAGGUGGCCUUGGUGGUUUGUGUAUUGGUGUUGGUGGAGCAGAUGCUGUUGAUGUUAUGGCUGACAUACCAUGGGAACUCAAGUGCCCUAAGGUCAUAGGAGUCAAACUGACUGGAGAGCUUAAGGGCUGGACUUCACCCAAAGAUGUUAUCCUGAAAGUUGCUGGAAUCUUAACAGUAAAGGGUGGAACUGGCGCUAUUGUAGAAUAUUUUGGACCUGGAGUAGAUUCCAUUUCCUGUACAGGUAUGGGAACGAUUUGUAACAUGGGUGCUGAAAUUGGUGCCACAACAUCAGUUUUUCCAUACAAUAACAGGAUGGAGAAAUACCUCAUUGCAACUGGAAGGCCACAGAUUGCUGACCUCGCCAACAAACAUGCAUCGUUUCUUCAGUCUGACAGUGGAGCAGAUUAUGACCAAGUCAUCGAGAUUAAUCUCAGUGAGCUUGAGCCACAUGUGAAUGGUCCAUUUACACCAGACUUGGCUCAUCCCAUCUCCAAAUUAGGUUCAACAGCACAAGAGAAAGGCUGGCCAAUGGACAUUAGAGUUGGUCUAAUUGGCAGCUGUACUAAUAGUAGCUAUGAAGAUAUGACAAGAGCUGCAAGUAUUGCACAGCAGGCUCUCAAACAUGGACUGAAAUCCAGGUCAAUGUUCACAGUCACUCCUGGAUCUGAACAAAUUCGUGCAACCAUUGAAAGAGAUGGAAUUGCAGAGACAUUGAGAGAGUUUGGAGGAACAGUGUUAGCAAAUGCUUGUGGACCUUGCAUUGGACAGUGGAACAGAAAAGAUGUCAAGAUGGGAGAAGCUAACACAAUAGUCACAUCAUACAACAGAAAUUUCACAGGGCGUAAUGAUGCUAACCCUGCUACUCAUGCUUUUGUCACAUCGCCUGAGAUGGUGACUGCACUGUCCAUUGCUGGUGACCUGAGUUUUAACCCUGAAUCAGACUCUUUAACUUGCCCAAAUGGUGAUUCAUUCAAACUUGAAAGUCCAUAUGGCGAUGAACUGCCUAAUAAGGGCUUUGAUCCUGGUGAGGAUACGUACCAGGAACCUCCAGUAGACAGUUCAUCAGUGACAGUAGACGUAAAUCCUCAAAGCAACCGGCUUCAACUUCUCACUCCAUUUGACAAGUGGGACGGUAAGGACCUUGAGGACAUGACGAUUUUGAUCAAGGUCAAGGGAAAGUGCACAACAGACCACAUCAGUGCUGCUGGUCCGUGGCUGAAGUACAGAGGCCAUUUAGAUAAUAUUUCCAACAACAUGUUUAUUGGAGCCGUCAACAGUGAGAAUGAUAAGGUAAACAGCGUCAAGAAUCAACUGACUGGAGAGUAUGGAGCCGUCCCUGACACCGCACGAGAUUACAAGGCUAAAGGAGUGAAGUGGGUUGCAGUCGGAGAUGAGAACUACGGUGAGGGAAGCAGUAGAGAGCAUGCAGCUCUGGAGCCGAGACAUCUUGGAGGACGAGCAAUCAUUGUUAAGAGCUUUGCACGAAUCCAUGAAACGAAUUUGAAGAAACAGGGACUCCUGCCUUUGACUUUUGCUGAUUCAGCUGACUAUGACAAGGUUCAGCCUGAUGACAAGCUUUCUUUGCUAGGUCUUAACGACCUUGCGCCUGGCAAGCCCGUGGAGUGUGUGGUCAAACACAAAGAUGGAGGCCAAGACGAGAUCCAACUGAAUCACACCAUGAACGAAUCACAGAUUGAGUGGUUUAGAGCUGGCUCAGCACUCAACAGAAUGGCCGAAGUAGCUGCAAAGUAGCCUUUCCCCGAGGACUAGAGAACUUCCCUCAAAUUACAAAUUGGUCCCUUUUUACCGUGUCUUUUCAGCUUGAUAAUUAUUACUCAGUACGGCAACGGAGACAGAACAAACAUGAGCAGCUAAGUCUUUCGUGGAAAUUUUUCUUUGACGCCUAGUAUUCUAGUUUUGAGUCAAGAAUUUGGCUUGCUUUUCCCGAAGAUGUAUUUAAUAAUGGACAGUUUUAUAGCUCCCAAGUAGUUUGUUUCAAUUCAACGUUACAAGAACAAACUUAUUGAACAUUGUUUAGCUAAGGGAAAUUCAUUUCUGCCAUGUUCUCGUUUGAUUCCCAAAACCACUGUUGGAGAAGGAAAAUUGUAAAGUAAAAUUGAAGUCUUCUUCAGCGUUAUUAAAAGAAACGAACUUUGUUGGUAA